AUGUCGGACGGCGCUAUCCAUGCUCCCUCCGAUCCCAUCGAGCUCAUGGGAGGUGACGCUCUCGCCGCCUUGUUCGACCGCACCUACGAGGACGCGGACUUCUGGACGUGCGGGAUGGAAGAGGCGAGGACCGCAGACGCGCUCCACUUCCUGACUGACUUGACCACCAUGGCGACGAGGGACGACACGCUGCAGUCUUGUCCUCCUUUCUCCCUCUCAAACCUCAAGCUCGUCCAGAGCAGCAUCACCAGCCUCAUCCUCCUCGCCAUCAGGCAGCACAGAAUCUCCUCUGUGCUCGACGUCGGGUGCGGGUUCCCCUCCUGGCUGCACCACGCAAGCAACCUACGUGACUUGCGCUACACCGGAGUUGACGUCUCUGAUGUCCUCAUCCGCAAACUCCAGCGAGAGCAGCUGGAGCUUGCUGGAGCUGGAGCUGGAGCUGGAGCUGGAGCUGGAGCUGGAGCUGGAGCUGGAGCUGGUGAAGAGAGAGGGCUACCAAGCAUCGAUUUCCUUGUGAGCAAUGUUGCAAGAGAGGUUCCUGCAAAGCAUGACCUUGUGAUCUGUCUUGGCGUCCUGGCCUACCAGACGAUGGAGGAUGCCUGGGCAAUCCUCAACAACAUAAAGCGUAGCGGCUCCAAGUACUUGCUGAUGGUCUGGCCAAACAAGCUCCACAGCGACAAGUUCAUGUCGGUGUAUGCUCCAUCGACGUUCCAGUGGCUGGGACUGGAUGAUUCUCAGACGGUCCUCCUCUUCGACCUGACGGCCAUGCCGAAGAGGAGUGGGAUUAUGGGGUUGGACAGCGCUGGGAUCCGCCGACUUGGGGAGAGCUGGAUCCGCGAUUUUAUCUCCCAGACAAGCUUUCUCGCUCCGCUGCAAAUGAUGGCAGACGUCAAGAUUCCGAGGCAGUUCAAACAGUUGCAGUCAAGCUUCACUGAGAUACUGAGCAAGAAGGAGAUGCCGAGCGGAGACGAACUCAAGGUCGCCCUACAGAUGCUGGAGAAGAGCUCGAGGAUAGGAUACGAGUGGGCGUCUAAGGAGAGGGCAGACUGGAUCUUCGACAUGUUGCGAUCUUACCCAGACCAACCCGACGUGCAAACCUUGACGCAAUACUUGAACGUCGUUGCCUCUCGCUCCUGGAUGGGUGAAGUGACAAGAGACGAUCUGCUAGCUAUCGUAGACCUUGUCUGCAAGGAGCCGAUGGUCGAGCUCGACUUGGAGAUGUUCAAUCUUCUGCUGGAGACGGCAGCUGGAUGCGCACGAUGUGACAACGGGGCCCGUCUGGAGGACGGGAGGAUGAUCUUUCAUCUUUGCGAGGAGUCCGGGCUCAUCCCUGACCUCGUUACAUGGGCGGGGCUGCUUGACAUCGUCGCCGGACUGGCCAAGAAUGGUAAGGCGACUGGGAAGGAGGCAGCGGAGUUGUAUCAGCAGUUCAGGGAUGCCGGCGUAGCAAGUCCAUUCAUGUACAAGAGGCAAGUGAACGAGCGCGCGCGCGAAAUGUUUGAAUCGAGGCAGGUGGGAGCUGGAUUUGCAAGAUCUGCUGACAACUGCGGACCUCAGGAAAACAAGGAGUUCAACGGAGCGACGAACUGGUUUACAUUCAGGACUGAGAUGAAGGGGAAGGGUUACUCCUUACAAGAACUUGGGCAGCUAUGGACGAAGAGACGAAGUCAGAUGGAGACGAAGAAAAGUCCACAAGGCGCCAAGAAGGAGAGAAAUUACAUCACGUUCGAUUGA